UCGCUUUCGCCCUUAAAUGUUAAAGUGUUUCGAUUAUACAAGAGGGCUAUAUAUAAUGCAUUCAAUUAAUCAAUUAAAAAAGAACCCCAUCUUUCUUGACUGUUCAUGAGAAAGCUAUAUGUUUGUCAUUUUGCCUCCGAAGAAGAUUCUGCUAGGAUCGAAAGCUUAGGCCCCUUUUGACUUUCUUGAAUGCAAUAAUGAUCAGUGAACUUCUACUAUAUGGAAGUGUGAUUUUUUGUUGUCAAUUUUCUGUUUUCCUCAGGAAUAGGAUAAUAAUGCUUUAUAUUCAACCUCUGAUCCGAUCAUAUGGGACACACCCACGGGUAAUAUCCACGUACUGCAGCUAGCUGCACAUUAAUGUGAUCAAGUCUGAAACCAUGUAUGGGUCACGAACCUUGCCUCUUGAGGGGGGGGGUAUGCUGAAUCGAAUAAAAUGAAAUUAACAUGAUCCCGGGAACACGAUCUUUAUACGAAUGUACUCAACCAGAAAGUCAUGUGAUCAGUUGAAAGAGACUGUGAAGAGAAUAUGCCCUUUGUUACAUUAGCUCGCUUGGCUCAUCAUCAGUCGCUCAAUUAUAGUAGUUCAAGUGCAUGCAUGGAAUGAAAUCAAAAAGAGCAUGUACACAUUUCACAGUUGAUACGACGUUAGAUAUUUUUCCACGUAUUUCGAAACAACUGGACAAGGAGACGACGAAGGGGAAGAAACGGAAGAGAAAGACAAUAAAGAAGAGGAAAAAUUUGGAUGAAGUGGGAGAAGGAAAUAGGAAAAUGGACAAAGUACUGUAAAACAUGCGCAUCUGGUUCCUUUUUUCAUAAUUAAGUGACAAGAAGAAGUGCAUGAUCGUGAUUGUCAAGACUACUAAAUCCAUCUUACCUGCAACAACAUGGUUUUGCUCUCAUUUACAUCGAUAUUCCUCGGAUUUAUCGCGUUUCUUAUUUGCCUAUGGGUCAUUCGGCGCCCGAGAAACCUUCCCCCGGGGCCAUGGGCGCUGCCUUUGAUUGGAUACCGAUUCAAAGUGGGCCUGAUUCAUGAAGCAUACGUGGAACUGGCAAAGAAAUAUGGACCGAUUUUCAGUGUACGACGAGGCCCGCUUCUAUUCGUGGUCUUGAAUAAUAAGGAGAGCGUAAAACAGGCACUGGUGAAGUCAGGAGAGUUCUUCUCAAAUCGAUUCGUACCAGGACCCAUCAACUGGACCAUAUUAGAUGCCAAAAAAGAAGCUUCAAUUGCUUGGGCUAAUGGACAGAAAGGGGAUGACCUACGAAAAUUUUCCGUUUCUGCUCUUCGCUCCUUCGGGUUUGGUAAAAAGAGUCUUGUUCCUCAGAUCAAUCUGGAAGCCCGUUGUCUGGGGGAAGAAAUCAGGAGUCAUCGUGGCCAGCCAUUCGAUCCUUCAGAUCUCUUAAACAAAGCAAGUGGUAACCUAAUGAUUCAACUUAUCUUUGGUCGUCGAUAUGGAUACGAAGACGUCGAUUUCAUUGGAAUUCUUCGCGUGAUGAAGGACAUGUUUGGUUUCAUCGCCGACACUGACCCUGUCAAUGUGUUCGAACCGCUCAUUCAUACCCCGUGGUAUAAACCCUACCGCGAAAUGUUUUACAAGGAAAUGGAUUUCGCCCGGAAUCAUAUAAUCGCUCAUCGGGAAUCUUUCCAAAAAGACGCCAUCAGGGAUUUUGUAGAUGCGUUGCUAGCAGACGACAUCUCCAACAACUACACCUUGGAUGAUAUGGCGAGGAUUGUGCUGGACCUUUUAACCGCCGGUACAGAUACUACGGCGGUGACUACUUCUUGGGGGAUACUUUAUUUAGCAUCGAAUCCUGAUGUACAAAAGAAGGUGCAAGAGGAGUUAGACGCAAUUAUCGGGCAUGGCCGACAACCAAAUAUUGAUGACCGCGCAAAUCUUCCAUAUUGUGACGCCACUCUGAUGGAGAUUAUGCGAAUCCGCCCAGUUGGGCCGAUCGCCCUGCCGCACAUGACGUCAGCAGAUGCCACUCUUGGACCUUACACCAUUCCUAAGGGGACCAUAGUUAUCCCUAACCUGUGGGCUGUCCAUCAUGAUCCCAAAGACUGGUGUGAUCCACACGAAUUCAACCCUGAUAGAUUUCUGAGUGCCGAUGGUCAGACUGUCGUCAAGAAUGAGGCUUGGAUGCCAUUCAGCACAGGUCGCCGUGAAUGUCUUGGUAGUCAGCUUGCUAAGAUGGAGACAUUUCUACUCUUCACCAACCUCUUCCAGCAGUUCGAAUUCAAACUUCCUCCUGAUCAACCAACCCACACCAUGCGAGGACAACCUGGGCUUACAAUGCCACCAGAAAGCUAUAAGAUCUGUGCCUCUGAACGAUGAAUGUCUUGGAUUUAUCAGAGACUCUUAAGUUUAGUUUAUGUUCAUCAGAGUUGUCCAAUUUGUAGAAAAAAUGUAUGUUAUCUUUGUUUUCUCGCUAGUAGAAAUUAAAUUGCGUCACACUGUGAAGAACCUGGACUUGCUGAAAAGCCUAUUAUGACUGAAUGUAAGUUUUACCGUGAUUAAAUAAAUACAAUACAAAGAAGGCUACAAAAUAGAUUUGAUUUGGAUCGAUAAAUAAAGACCUGCUAAUAAAUCAGAUUGCUAUCAAAUAUUUUAUCGAGCAAAAUAAAGGUAUGGAAGCUAGCAAAUUUGAGAAUAGUUUGUAUAAAGUAUUGAAGUGGGAAAUCAUUUUUUUUAAUAUCUUCCAGUCACAAAAUGUAAACAUAAUUGUAUUAUACUUAUAAUGAAAGAUAUUGAAAACCUUUAAGAACUUUUUACAGAUAACCCAGGAACAAUUGUCACAAGAAGAAUCAGAUUCUCCAUAAGUAACAUCCACGGGGAAUAUUAACCCCAAUAGAGCUCCUUGCAUAUAUGAGGGGAAGGGGAAUUAAUUAUGAAUUAUGAAUUUCGAUUGAAACACAUAAAAAAUAAAGCAAGAUGAAAUAACUACCACUGACCUGUAGGAUAUAUUACACAUUUUUUAUUUUUAUGUUUACGAAACUCUAUACAAAGGGCGUCAAAUAAUUUUCCAAGCAAAUAUGCUUCAUCGUUUGAUGCCAGCAUAUUUACAAUGCAUAACCUAGAAUACCUACUGUGUAGGUUAAAGAUACAGGGUAUACAAAUCAUGUAAGAGAUAACAAAUUUGGAAAUACAAGAGAAAUACAUAAUUCAACGAAAGAACAAAACAGAAAAAUGGUAAAACUGAUAAGGGGAGUACAUGCACUUGAAGAGAGACUUUAAGUAAAUAAUAAUUAAUAGGUUAUAAAGCCUGAUAAGGGUAAACAGUUACAAGAGGAUUUUGUGGAUUUGUAAGCAAGGCCACUUAUGUAAAGUUAUUAUUUUGAAAUAAUGGAAUAACAAAAUCAUGUAUAACAUAGAUAAUUUAGCAAUAGAUGGUGUUUGGAUAAUAAGUAGAAAUGAAUAAUAUACUUCAUGAUUUGGAAAUACAUACUCAGAGAAUAUUUAGCGAAGUUAUAUGAACGGUUUAUUGAACAAACGAGUGUACUCAUGUAAUCAUAUACUCAUGCAUGUGGCUUGUAAUAUACCAAAACAUCUGGUACAAAAUAUAGUUUGCAUCUUUUAAAUUGAU